UAUUAUAUGUCAUAACCCUUAUUAUAAGCUAUAGUUUGCGUUUAGGCCACAACCAAAUAAUUUAAUGAAGGCAAUGAUAUCUUAGCUUUCCCUCAUCAUAUUAUUGAUCUUGCUUCUUCAUUGCUAAGACCAAAAUGAGAGGAAAUUAAAGGAACCUAUUCUUUAAACAAGGCAUGCCUUCUUUUAAUAAUUACUUUCAACACCCCCACCUUCUCCUUCUCUUUCACAACCAUGGAAGAAGAUUGGAACAUGCUUGCUGCUGAUUGUGUUGUCAUAUCAUGCUGCUGCCAAUGCUUGGUUCUGCAAAUUCUUGUGCUUGUAUUGCGAAAGAUGGUGAGAAAAACAAGAGAAUAUGGUAAGAAAAUAUUUUGUCAAAGGAAGGGGAAUUAUAGAGGGGUGCAAAGAGAAAUGGGGUCUUAUAAAGAUGUGGUUUUGAGAAUUCAAGAAGAUUAUGCACUAAAAGAUGAUGAUGUACACAAUUGUGGUUGUUGUAUGGUUGAAGUUGAGAAAGUAAUGGAGGAACUUUGUGAGAAAGGAGAGUUUGGAUUUGGAAGCUUUUGGGGUAGGAAAGAGCCAUGGGGUUUUCCUCAAGUUGUUAAUGAUCAUUAUGAUGAUAGUUUUGUAAGAUAUCAAAUAAUUGAUUUGGGACCAACAUAGUGUGACGGUUGAUAGAUAACUGAAUCUCUUAAGCAUGUGGUAAUUAGUUCGAUCUUUAGUUGAUAUGUAUAGAAGAGUAUUUGUUGAGAGAUCUCAACCAUUUAAAUGAAUCUUCGUACUUUAGAAAAUUAAAUGAUUUGGUUGGUUCCUUCAGCUAUGCUUAACAUUGCCACAUAUAUACAAAAAAAGAUUAUUCUA